AGCGCCGGCCGGGGCCGACAGCGCCAUGGACGGCACGGACAACGCAACCCUGUUCCUCGCCACUCUGCUGCCGGACAACUACAGCCUGCCGCCCAACGCCAGCGGCCCGAGCCCCGGCACCGACUGGCCCCUCGCUCCCGCCUCCAGCGCCAGCCCCGGCCCCGGGCUCAGUCUCGCGCCGGGUCCCAGCGUCAGCUUCAGCCCAGGCGGGACCCCGACCCCGACCCCGACCCCGACCCCGGAGCCGACGACCGGCAGCCUGACGCUCGCGGGCGGCGCGGCGACCCACGGCCCCUCCGCGUUCCCUCGGCCCUGGGCGCUCCCCGGGCCCCUGUUCUGGGACACGCCGCUGAACCACGGGCUGAACGUGUUCGUGGGCGCCGCCCUGUGCAUCACGAUGCUGGGCCUGGGCUGCACCGUGGACGUGAACCGCUUCGGGGCGCACGUCCGCCGGCCCGUGGGCGCGCUGCUGGCCGCGCUCUGCCAGUUCGGCUUCCUGCCGCUGCUGGCCUUCCUGCUGGCCCUCGCCUUCAAGCUGGACGAGGUGGCCGCCGUGGCGGUGCUCCUGUGCGGCUGCUGUCCCGGCGGAAAUCUCUCCAAUCUCAUGUCCCUGCUGGUGGACGGCGACAUGAACCUCAGCAUCAUCAUGACCAUCUCCUCCACGCUGCUGGCCCUGGUCUUGAUGCCCCUGUGCCUGUGGAUCUACAGCAGGGCCUGGAUCAACACCCCUCUGGUGCAGUUACUACCCCUGGGGGCCGUGACCCUGACGCUCUGCGGCACUCUCAUCCCUAUUGGCCUGGGCGUGUUUAUUCGCUACAAAUACAACCGGGUGGCUGACUACAUUGUGAAGGUUUCCCUGUGGUCUCUGCUACUGACUCUGGUGGUCCUUUUCAUAAUGACCGGCACUAUGUUAGGACCCGAACUGCUGGCACGGAUCCCUGCAGCUGUUUAUGUGAUAGCAAUUUUCAUGCCUCUGGCAGGCUAUGCUUCAGGCUACGGCCUCGCUACGCUAUUCCACCUGCCGCCCAACUGCAAGAGGACUGUUUGUCUGGAAACAGGUAGUCAGAAUGUGCAGCUCUGCACUGCCAUUCUCAAACUGGCCUUCCCGCCACAGCUCAUAGGAAGCAUGUACAUGUUUCCCUUGCUUUAUGCCCUUUUCCAGUCUGCAGAGGCAGGGAUUUUUGUUUUAAUAUACAAAAUGUAUGGGAACGAAAUGUUGCACAAGCAAGAUCCUCUAGAGGAAGAUGAAGAUACAGAUAUUUCUUAUAAGAAACUCAAAGAAGAGGAGAUGGCAGACACUUCCUAUGGCACAGUGAAAGCAGAUAAUUUAAUGAUGAUGGAAACCACCCAGACUUCUCUCUGAGCGUGGAGAUACAUGCACAGGAGCUUCUAUCUU